CGGGUUCCUGGCCCGUGGCAGUGCCUGGGAGCUCGUUCCUGAGGUCGCGCUAGCGGCCGGUUCCGGAUCUUUUUCUCGAGUAGUCGGCAGCGGUUUUCACCCGGGUUCUGCUUGAGGCCAAGCUGAGGAGUGGCUGUUGGCUUGGGAGACGGAGUGGAAGAGCCAGCCGGGCAGGCCCAGCGCGAGCUCCCAGGGCCCAGCAGCGCCGGCUCAGACAGGGCCUCGGAGGAGAGAGGCCGGAGAAGGCGUCCUUCCCCGGAUCUGUCAGAGCAGUUCUGGAAAACGGGGCUGGGGCUGCCGUGGAGCGACGGUGACGCCAGAAAACUGCUGGGAGGCGGUGGCGCCAGGUGGCACCCAAUGCUGGAGCCAAAAGUACCACCUUUUUGGGACAUUGCCCUUCCCCAAAAGGAAGACUCAGGAGGAGGAAUGGAUUCUAGUCUCUGCACAACUGGGCCCCAGGGAUCCACACCCUUCAGCAGCGUGACUGUACCUUUGACCCAGGAUGGGUGGAGGAACCGGGUCCUACUGGACUGGAAGAUUGUAUCUCAGUCACCACCCCAGCAAGCCAUUUCUGAAGAAUCAUUUCCAGACACGAGUAUAGAGAUGGCCCCUGGGGAGUCAGAGCACAGAAAGGGUGAACUUGGGAAGAGCUUCCGUCUGAGACCAGUCCUUUCACUACAGCAGAGAGUUCCUAAAGAAGUGAGUCCUCAUGAAUGUGAAACACACUCUAAGAGAUUUAAGAAUUCACAAGUAAUUGAGCCUCAGAGAGUGAGACCGUACACAUGUAAUGAGUUUGGCAAAGCCUUCAGCUACUGUUUGUCCCUUUCUCAGAAGCAGAAGAGGCACACUGGGGAGAAACCCUACGAGUGCAGUGAGUGUGGGAAGGCCUUNCCUACAAGUGCAUCUGUAGUGGACAGCCACAUGCAGAAGCACCUCUAA